AUACCAUCUACAACAAUGGGGUCUACUUGGCAAGUUGGUUCCAUCCAUGCGUUUCUAGACAUGUUCACACCUAAUUGGCUAAAGGAUUCAGUGUCCCCCAGUGGUAUAAGUAGGGACUCAGGUCUCAUUCAGUCAUUCAACCAACUGAGCAGCACUGGUCACUUUGGGAGCCACAAGAUUUGGGAGUUCAGGCAGCAGCUAGCCCCUAGGAUGGACACGUUCAGCCAACAACUGGAGGACUUCUACCCAUCUUGCUUCUCUGCCAGGUCCAGCCCAGUGGGCUUCACUGAUCCACCAGCCCAGCACUUAACCAUGAGCCUUGGUGCCAUUCAGAAGGAUUUCCAAGAGUCCAGCUUGAAGGCAAACGUCCAGCCAGUCAGUGAUCCUCAAACACUAGGGACCCAGAAGUCCACCCCUCCUACAAAACAAGAAAUGGUCUCCCCGGUAUCUUCAGUUGAUGUGACAUUGGGAUCACAACGCCGCAAGAGAACAUUUUACAGCCAGAACAAGCUGGAUGUUCUAGAACAGUUCUUCCAGACCAACAUGUAUCCAGACAUUCACCACCGGGAAGAACUGGCUAAACGGAUUUACAUCCCAGAGUCCAGAGUUCAGGUCUGGUUCCAGAACAGAAGAGCAAAGGAGCGCCGCGAUAAAGCCAAAUUAAACCCCUCGCCAGCAGUAGGCGUGUGCUACCCCAGUCUUCGACAACCCAAUAAAGAAAUGUACCCCUCCAACAACCCAACACCAAAUGUGCCUGUUUCCCAGCAACACAUGGUUUUCCAAAAACCACAGGGUCAACUGUUCAUGAAUUCCCAGCAGAAUCCGUUCCAGCCAACUCAGGAAUCUCAGCUUUGUUCAGAAUCCACCUACGCUGUUUCCCAGCAGAGGAUCCUGAUGCAGCAGGCUGCACGGAGCAGCUACCAUGGAAUUUCAGCAUCUUAUAAACCUACAGACACUCAGCAGCACUUCUACUCAUACAUGAGCCCAAUGGGAGGCACCCAGGAGAAAGUCAUGGAUCUAAGCAAGAAGCACAGUCAGAUGCCCUUCCAUCCCAGUCUUCUAAUGGACUUCAACAACUUCCCUCCCAACAAGACCAUCACUCCAGAUAUGAAUGUUAGAAUCCCACCAAUUCCUGUCUCUGCACCGUCAAACAACCACAGUCGGAUGAAUGUCUUUAAUACCAAAGAGGCCGGCCCAUUGGUGUCCUUGCCAGAGGAUGUCUAUGAGGAAUUCUCUCCGGUCUCUGAUUCUGGUGUUAGUGAUGGAUCUACCAUGUCUUUGACAGACUUUAAAGAUAAUGAUGGAUCUGUGCUUGACAACCUGUAAGAUAAAGCAAGAGUAGUCAUCUCUAAACCUCACGCUAGGUGUCUCUACCUCUUACCCAAAGAGACUGAUGGACUUACUAAUAAGCCAAGCCUAGUUUCUACCAAUAUCUCCGAUACAAAAAAGAGCAGCCGAAAUGUAUUAACAUUUUUUAACUUCGGAUGAAUAGGCUGUAUUUGAUUGUUCGAUUCGAAUUCAGAUCAUAUUCGAUCGAAUUCGAUUCGAAGGGUUUUCUAAAAAAAACUUUGAUUUUUCAAAGUCAAAUGACUCCAAAUUAAAGAGACAGUACAUGAUAAAUUUCGUAUUUUCACAUUUUCACAUUUUCUUUGAAUUUUAAAAUUACAUUUUUCAAUUUGACCCUUGAUAAAUCUGCCCCAUAGUGUUAAAUGUGUGUUCAACUAAGAUAUAAACCCCCUCAGCUGUGCCCACAAAUAUCAAACAAUUUUACUGGGCCCAGUAGUGUAACAACUAGUGCUUACUGGGUGCUACAAUAAAAUGUAUACAGCCCAUCUAUUAAGCUCAGCUUCAGUGCAACUGUACAAAUCCCUAACUGCCCUGCGGUCACAAACCCAGCCUGGCCUCUAUCACUGCUUGUUGUUUAUUAUAAAAGCUGUUUUCUGUAGUGUAAAUUUUAGAUUUUUUACAUUAUUGUACAAUAUUUUGUUUAUGUUUCUUUUUUACUGAGCUUUCUGGUGACCUUUCGGCAUUACUAAUGCAAUUAAGGAUGGCUUUUCACACAAUUUAUGGUCACAAAGUGAAUUUUGAUGUCACAAAAAAAAUUUGGAGCAAAGAAAUGAAUUGAAAAUGAAUCAAUGUGUGCUUAGAAAUCUUUUUAAUGAAACAUUGUUUUUGUCUUCUCAGAUUCCAUUGUCUGCAUAAAAUAUAUUUUGUGAUUGUAAAAUUGUUUUUCUAUAUACGGUAUCGGACCCAUUCUACAGAAUGCUCGGGGGUUUUCCAGAUAAUGGAUCUUUCCGUAAUCUGGAUCUUCAUACCUUAAGUCUACUAGAAAAUCAUGUAAACAUUAAAUAAACCCAAUAGGCUGGUUUUGCUUCCAAUAAGGAUUAAUUAUAUCUCUGUUGGGAUCAAGUACAAGCUACUGUUUUAUUAUUAAAGAGAAAAAGGAAAUCAUGGAUUAUUUGAUUAUAAUGGAGUCUAUGGGUGACAGCUUUUCCGUAAUAAUUUUCUGGAUAAUGGGUUUCCGGAUAACGGAUCCCAUACCUGUACUAAAUUGACUUAUUUCUGACAAAAUUCAAUUUCUAACUUUAGAACAAAAAAGUUAUAUACCUCUUUCUAUUCUGUUCUAUUUAUUAUAAAUGAUAUGCACAGCUAGAUCCUCCCUAAUGAUAUUUGUAUUGUUAGAUAUCAAGGGACCACAAAGCUCUCACUUUGCUUAUUGUUUAUAUUAAAAAAAAUGCAGAACUAUUUGUAGUGGUGUACGUUUUGGAUUUUUUUUACUUUUUUAGUGCAUGUAAAUGAACUAAUUUCCUUCUUUGUUUUGUAUCACAAAAUGAUCUCAAAAGACCUAGGAAACAUGUAUAUUUUCAUUAAUAAAACACAAUAUAUUUUGUGAACUGAAAAUUAAUUUCCCAGGUCAAAUAAACCCAAAUAUUUUUUUCAAAUACAAAAAUAUUUUGUUUGCCCAGAAUUCGUUUGUGCCCACAAAAUGAUUGUUAAAUGCACUAAAUUGAUUUUUCUGCGCACUGAAUUCAUUUUCUCCUGACCAAAUUCGCUUUCUAGCUUCUGGCAUAUUGUUGUGUUCAUCUGAUUCGGUUUCCAUUGUGACAAAAUUCUGUUUAUGAUGAUCUUAUAAACUCACAAACGUAACUUUGACAAUA